UACAUUACUUUGAAGUCACAAUCAAAUUGUUAGUUGUAGAAACUUAUGGCUAGAUGAGAAAACAAAUAUGGUUUUGCUUCAAUCUCUAUAUCCACAUUCAUUAUCAAUUUUUUUUUUCUCUCUUAUUCACAGCCUUGCAUAUUUUCAUUCAAUUUUUUUUUUGUCACUGUAGCUACGUCGUCAAAUUCUAAGAAAAAGGAUGAAAUGAAAUCAAAGCAUCAAAUAUUCAGUUACACCGAAAUUCUCAAUAUUACUGAUAACUUCAAAACAAUUAUUGGAGAAGGAGGAUUUGGAAAAGUUUACAUUGGCAUUUUACAAGAUCUCACUCAAGUUGCUGUUAAAAUUCUUUCAACAUCAUCAAAGCAAGGUUAUAAGGAAUUUCAAUCUGAGGCACAACUUCUAAUGAUUGUUCAUCAUAGAAAUUUGGUCUCUCUCAUUGGAUAUUGCGAUGAAGAUGAAAACAAAGCAUUGAUUUAUGAAUACAUGACAAAUGGAAGUCUCCAACAACACUUAUUUGAUGAUAAUACACAUAUCUUAAAAUGGAAUGAGAGACUCAAAAUUGCAGUUGAUGCAGCACAUGGAUUGGAGUAUCUUCAUAAUGGGUGUAAUCUACCUAUUAUGCAUAGAGAUAUGAAGCCUUCCAACAUAUUAUUAGAUGAUAAUAUGCAGGCCAAAAUAGCUGAUUUUGGCUUAAGUAGAGCUUUUGCUAACGAUGUUGAUUCUCAUAUAUCCACUCGUCCUGCUGGUACAAGAGGUUAUAUUGAUCCUGAGUAAGUGCCAAAUGUCAAUGCAAACAAAUGUUUAAAUAUUAAAUAUGUA